UUUUUAUCAUAGCAUUUUUGAAUUAAUACUUCACACUUAAAUAUAAAUAGAUUUAAUAUUUCACUGCUGGUGUAACUAAUUAUCAUUAAUAUGGCCGAUGAAAUACAAUUCGUAAUCGAGUUCACAGCAACAUUGGUCGACUAUGCGGAUUUCAAUCCGGACCAAGAUGCCGAAGCCUUGCGUGAAGCGAUGAAAGGGUUAGGCACCGAGGAAAAAGUCAUCAUCGCUAUUGUGGCCAACAGAACUAGACGCCAACGGCUCAAGAUUGAGGAGACGUACAAGCAAAAAUACGGCAGGGAUCUGAAAGAAAACUUGAAAAGCGAAUUAAGCGGAGACUUCGAAGAUGUUGUCCUCGCCAUGUUUUAUCCUCCAGCAGAAGGCGAUGCCAGAUUCUUGCACAAGGCAAUGUGCGGUGUUGGCACCGAUGAAGAGGCUCUGGUAGAAAUUCUUGCCACGCGUUAUAACAACCAAAUCAAAGAUAUCAAGGAGGCUUAUAAAGCAAAAUAUGAGAAAGAGCUAGAAAAAGCUAUCAAAGGCGACACGAGUGGGGAUUUCAAAAGAUUGCUUGUAAUUCUUCUGCAGGCCAAUAGAGACGAAACCUUCGCCGUGGAUCGGGACUUGGCUAAAGCAGAAGCGAAAUUACUCAUAGAUGCUGGUGUCAAAUACUGGGGAACUGAUGAAGCCAAAUUCAUUGAGAUUUUUUGCAAUCGAAGUUUUCCUCAAAUUCGUGCUACUUGCUAUGAAUAUGAAAAGCUUGCCGGCCACACCAUGCUGAAGGCAGUGGACAAAGAGUUUUCUGGUGACAUGAAAAAAGCCUUAACUGCGAUCAUUCAAAUAUCCGACUAUGCUCCGAUAUAUUUUGCCAAUAGACUUCACAAAGCAAUGUGCGGAGUUGGCACAGAUGAUAGUACUCUCAUCCGAAUCGUUACCACGCGAUGUGAGGUCGACAUGGGUGAAAUCAAAAAAGAAUUUGAGAAGACGUACGGAAAAUCUCUGUUUUCCUGGAUAAAAGAUGACACCAGUGGAGAUUAUAAAAGAAUGCUCUUGUGCUUGAUCAGAGAUGAUUAGAGUUUAUCACUGCUAAUAUUGCUUUUAUUUAGUGAGAAUAGUUGUGUGUUUUGCUUUGUUCCACCUUUAAUAAACGCUAUAUAGUAUCCAUACUGUUAUUGGAAAUGUUAUUGAUUUUGAAUACUCUAAAGUCUAAAUGAAACUGUUUUAUACCAAAUUCAUGUAAAGUACCAAAUUUCGCGUUUUAAAUUUGACUUGCAUCACGUUUUUACUAAAAAAAAAAUACAGGAAAAAAAAAGGAAUUUUGAACAUCAAAAUUUAGGUUUAAUACAUUGAAUAAUAAUUAGGUUUAAUACAAAUCUUUUUCCCUUUUCUAAUAUCAAUAAUUUUCAAUUUUAAUUAUACCAAAUAUUCACGCCGUCUCAAAUUUCUACUACUCUGCCGUUUAAAACUUGAAAUAUUUGACCCAAAUUUCGCAAUCUUAAUGUUCUAUUGUGAAAUUCGAUUGUCAUAAAGUGUGAGUAACUGAACUGCAAUCUAUUUUUUAUUUUACGUAAAAGCAUGACGAGGUCGGCACUUUUAAACUAUCUUGUGAUAUAAGCUUUCUAAUACGCUUGGAUUGAACAGUAUUCUCCAAAUUUGCAUUUUAAAACAAUAACAAUGUGUCAGCAAUAUAUUCGGAAGCAAUAAAUAUAUAGUAUAU